AAGAAGAAGAAAUGGGUACGCUUCAAACUUGGAGGAAAGCUUAUGGAGCUCUCAAAGACCAUACAACUGUUGGCCUUGCCCAUGUUAAUAGCGAUUUCAAGGAUGUGGAUGUGGCGAUCGUUAAAGCUACCAAUCAUGUUGAGUGCCCACCAAAAGACAGACAUCUUAGAAAAAUUUUGGUUUUUACAUCAGCGAUGCGACCUCGUGCUGAUGUUGCGUACUGCAUACAUGCACUUGCGAGGCGAUUGGCGAAGACACAUAAUUGGACGGUAGCGCUGAAGACGUUGAUAGUAAUCCACAGAACAUUGAGGGAAGGUGAUCCGACAUUUAGAGAGGAACUCUUGAAUUUCCAACAGAGAGGACACGUUCUCCAAAUGUCCAAUUUCAAGGAUGAUUCAAGUCCAAUUGCUUGGGACUGCUCUGCCUGGGUACGAACAUAUGCACUCUUUCUGGAAGAACGACUUGAAUGCUUUAGGGUUCUGAAGUAUGAUAUUGAAGGAGAGCGCCUUCCUAAACCUGCCCAAGGGCAAGAAAAGGGAUACAGCAGAACUAGGGAGUUGCCCAGUGAUGAACUUUUGGAGCAGUUGCCUGCUUUGCAGCAAUUGUUGUAUCGUCUAAUUGGAUGUCGGCCUGAGGGAGCAGCACUUGGAAAUUAUGUGAUACAAUAUGCCCUUGCUCUGGUUCUCAAGGAGAGCUUCAAAAUCUAUUGUGCUAUAAAUGAUGGAAUAAUUAAUCUUAUUGACAAGUUUUUUGACAUGCCAAGACAUGAAGCUAUUAAGGCCCUUGAUAUCUACAAACGAGCUGGCCAACAGGCCAUGAACCUCUCUGACUUUUAUGGGGUAUGCAAAGGAUUGGAACUUGCCAGGAACUUUCAGUUUCCUGUUUUGAGAGAGCCUCCUCAGUCCUUCCUUGUGACCAUGGAAGAGUAUAUAAAAGAAGCACCCAGGAUUGUCUCUGUGCCAAUAGAAACUUUGGAUUAUCCGGAGAGGCUUAUGCUUACGUAUAAACAAGAGGAUGAACCUUCAGCUUCUGAAGAUGCUCAAGAUUCAGCCAACGAAACCCCACCUCCUCUGCCUUUAGAUGAUACUGUUGUUUCAACCACCGAGGCUCCUUCCCCGCCAAUGCCUCCACCCCCAAGCAGCUUGGAAUCUGAUGAUUUACUGGGGCUAAAUGCACCAACUGGUUAUGCAUCAGCAAUUGAGGACAGCAAUGCUUUGGCUUUAGCGAUAGUUCCAUCUGGGACAACACCAUUUGACUCGAAUCCUGCUCAGCCAAAAGAUUUUGAUCCUACGGGAUGGGAGCUUGCCCUGGUCACUACUCCCAGCAGCGACUUAUCUGCAGCUCAGGAGAGACAAUUGGCUGGUGGAUUGGACUCCCUCACACUGAAUAGUUUGUAUGAUGAAGGAGCAUAUAGAGCAUCUCAACGACCAGUAUAUGGAGCACCAGCCCCUAAUCCAUUUGAAGUUGCUGAUCCAUUUGCCAUGUCUACCACCAUGCCUCCCCCUCCGUCAGUGCAAAUGGCUGCGGUGCCUCAACAUCAAAUGAAUCCUUUUGGACCAUUCGAACCUGCCUAUCCACAACCCCAAAAUCCAAUGAUGAAUCCCCACAAUCCUUUUGGUGAUGCAGGGUUCAGUGCAUUUCCUGCCAAUCAUGUUGCUCAUCCACAAACAACCAAUCCUUUUGGGAGUACCGGCCUGAUAUAAUAGAAGUUGUGCAUCCACACGACAUAUCAAAGUCUUGGCAGUUAAGUGUAUCGCCUGUCAAUCAUGUUGCUUUCCCACAAACAAUCAAUCCUUUCGCGGAGCACUGGGUUGCUAUAUUCAAAAGUUGCACAUACAUGAGUUGUAGCAGACUUGGCAUAGUCGAUUUUGUUAGUGAAUCUGCGGUUGUGUAAAUCAUUCACGUGAUAUAGUUUUCGAAAGCAGUCUAUAUGUUUGCUUUUAAGAUGUAAAGAUGGUUAUAAUGGAGAUUCAACUUUUUUUCAGUUGAUUGAAAUCACUCCCUCUAUGUUAUGGACUUAAUAGA